AUGUUGCCGAAUGAAAAGCACGACCAGACUUUUGGAAUUAAGGUAAAGGAGGGUUGGAGAGUGUUGCCAGAUGAAAAGCAUGACCGGACUAUUGAAAUUAAGUGUUGCCAGAUGAAAAGCACGACUGGACUUUUGGAAUUAAGAACAAUUAAGAAAGAGAAAGAUAUAUUGACGAUUGUUACCAACAAUAGACAUAUAAUAAAGAAAUAUGAUAAGCCUUUUUUAAUUAAUUCAGAUCAGCCUAUGAUGAAUACUAAAUACAGGAUUUCAAAAUACUUAACGAGUGUAUUUUGUGAGUUACCUAUUGACAUAGAAACUAGAAACAAGUAUUUUUUAAGAAUACGACAAUUAUUAUUGGAUAAACUUGUAGUUAUUGAAAAUAGAUUGAAGAAACAAGAAAAGAACAGGCAAACUACAACUUAUAUUAAAUUUAGUCAUGGUAGACGAACAUGGUAUUUGGGGUUCUACAUCCCAUGCUCGUUUUGUAGUAACGUCUGUGCUUACGUAAUGUCAAGAAAUAGAAAAGUUUGUCAAAAUUGUCAUUCGAAGGUGAUAGUAACUCCUACACCUCCGCCGCAAAAUGUAUUUAAGGAUUUUAGUAAAGUUAAACAAGUAAUAAGUAAACGUGUUGGCGUGUCUUAUACAAAAAAAGUUUCGAUGGAUGGUGGAGCACGUAAAUAUGCAAUUACGUAUUCAAAUUUGCAGAUAAACAAGCAAUUUAAAACGUUGAAAGAACAAGAGAAGUAUAAAAAGAGGUUUAAAAACAGCCUCAAGAGUAAUAAAAAUAAAUGGCAGGUCACAAAUAAUGGAAUUGGAUCAAAGGUACUUAUUUCCAAACAUAAGUUGAAAUGUAGACAUGAUAUCCUUAAGAAACAAUACAUAUCAGAAAAAGAAAUGGAGUUUCUGGUAGAUCAAGUUACAAGUGAAGUUGGAUAUAAAAUGUUAAUAGAUGAUAUUUUUAUUAAUCAUUCUUUUAACGAAGAACAUUUCCUCGAAUUAAGAAAGAAAAAAGACGCUUCUUUUGAACAAAAAGAUAGUAAGUUAGCAGAACAGUCGAGUAGUGCUGGUCAAAGUGCUACGAUAGACAAUAUUAUUACGGACCUUCAAGAAAUGGAAAUUAGUGGACAGGAUAAUGUCGCUCCUUGGCAAGAAAUACUCAAUAGACGAGAACCUAUUACAAGGGCAGAAUUUCAUCGGGGUUUGAAUAGUAUUAGAGAUAAAAGUCUUUUAACGACAUAUUGUAAUGGGGUUAGAAGAGGAAGGCGUGGACGUGGUGUUACUCACGACUACGUGGUUAAUCAGUGUGCAAUUAAAGCUCGUAAAUUAGAUCAAGAUCAUUCCUUAUCUGAUAAUAUUUACAUAAGGCUAUUUGGUUAGAAAGAAAAAUAUAUAGUCAGUUUUGUCUAUUGAAUUUAUUUUUAGUUUCACAUCAUUCCAUAUUUGAUUAUAUUUACAUAUGGCAAAUUUUAUUUGAAAGAAAAAUAUAUAGACUU